CGCCCCCCAAUUGCGCCGCCAUUUUGUACCGAGACCAAUGCUAAUCACGGGGCGCUCUUGCCUCCACUUUUAUUUAUGGCAGGAAUAAAAAAAGAAAAAAACAAAUUCAAAAAAACGCGAGUAGCCGUGUACAAAGUCAAAGUUAAUCCACACGCAAUCGAAUUCCAAGGAUCCGGAAUGGCUGACACUCCACCCAGCGACGGCCCCUCGCAAGCCGCCGACUUUGACAUGAUGGGCGCUCUGGACUGGAAGGACGGCAUUGCCACAUUGCCGGGAAGUGACAUCAGGUUCCGCAUGACAGAAUUUGGCACACUUGAGAUUGUGACGGACGCAGACGUUAAAGGUCAGCAGCAGCAGCAGCAGCAGCAGCAGCAGCAUCCGACGCCUAAAAAGGACGCCUCGGACCCGGUGCCGUCUCACAGUCCCACCCCUCCGCCGGAGGGCCAAUCGCAGACUAAAACGGCACCCGAACCGGCCGGCGAUAUUCAGCCGGCAUCGUCUCAAAGAAAAGCCCCUGGCCCUGUUGUUCUGUCUUUGGAGGAGACCCCCACUCUGGAAAGUCCCAAAGUGGAAGUUGGUCCAAGUGUGGAAGUCGGUCCAAACGGGGAGCUUACUCAGUGCAGAACCUGUCGUGGUCCCGUUGCUCGGGAUGCCCUCCUACAGGGAAAGUUCUGCAGCGCCAACUGUGCCCAGCCCACCAGCGGCAGAUCGUCACCCGGAGAGGCCCGGGAGUGCCCGGCUCCCGAAAGCGAGACCUUGGGUAAACGUGUGCGUAAAAAGAGGAAAAUCUAUAUGGAUUCUGGCGACGAGGAGGAAGACAACCAAGAGGAACCAGAAGAGAAAGCCAAGAGUACCAAAGGCAGGAGAGGAGCCAAGAUGGCCAAACUCGCCACGGCCUCGCUGAGUAAGAAGCGGGCGUGGAGCUGGCCCGCCUACCUGGAGGAGGAGCGGGCGAUCGCCGCCCCAGUCAAACUCUUCAAAGAGGUAGCGACGCCAAACGUCUUCGUGUUCUUUGGCCGCCGACCGAUCGUUCGCCUUCUGUCGCAGCACCAGUCGUUUCCCCAAAGCCGGAACAGCUUCAAGGUGGGGAUGAAGCUGGAGGGGCUCGACCCGUGUCACCCGUCCCUCUUUUGUGUGCUCACCGCGGCAGAGAUCCAAGGCUAUCGAGUGAGGCUUCACUUCGACGGCUACCCAGAGUGCUACGACUUCUGGGCCAAUGCCGACUCGUGGGAUUUGAAACCGGCAGGCUGGUGUGAGAAAAAUGGACACAAAUUAUUACUGCCCAAAGGUUGUAAGGAUGGAGAGUUCAACUGGAGCAUGUACGUGAAGAACUGCAGAGGCCAGCUGGCGCCCAAGCACCUCUUCAAGAGCCUCAACACCUCCGUGACGCCGUCCGGUUUUCGAGCGGGCAUGAAGCUGGAGGCGGUGGACAGGAAGAACCCGUCGCUGAUCUGCGUGGCCACCAUCGCCGCUGUGGUGGACAACAGACUUCUCGUUCACUUUGACAACUGGGACGACACGUACGAUUACUGGUGUGACGCUAGCAGUCCGUACAUCCACCCGGUCGGCUACUGCGAAGAGGCCGAGCUCACGCUGACCACUCCAGCUGGUAAGACACAGACCAAGACACACGUGGAAUAUAAGCAACCAAAAAGUUUCUCCUGGGAGAAAUAUCUGGAAGAGACGAGCACACAGGCCGCGCCCGCCCGGGCUUUCAAACCGAGACCUCUGCACGGCUUCCAGGUGGGGAUGAAGGUGGAAGCCGUGGACAAGAGGAACCCCGUGCUCAUCCGCGUCGCCACCGUGACCGACACGGACGACCACCGGCUGAAGAUCCAUUUCGACGGCUGGAAUCCAGACUACGACUUCUGGGUGGAGACCGACUGCCCCGACCUGCACCCCGUAGGCUGGUGUCACAAAACCGGACACUCUCUGCAGCACCCCAACAGUGUUAAUGAUGCGAGCCCUCCAGGACAGGGAUGUCCCACCCCAGGUUGCAACGGGGUCGGCCACAUCAGAGGACCUCGCUACGGCACACACUACACUCAGGUGAGCUGUCCCUACUCGGAGAUGAACCUGAACAAAGAGAGCCUGCUCCCAGACCGUCUGGGCGGCGAGCGACCCCUCACGCUGGGCGGCGUCCUCCCCCGCGGGCGACGCCCCGACUCCAACGCCACUACGCAGACCGCCCCGGCAACCGCCGCGCCGGACCGGCCCGAGGCGGCCGACGACUCCCGCUCCAGGAAACCGGCGGAGGCGGAGGCCGACCUCUCGGCCCGCGGCGGCCAGCCGGAACCGCCGGGGGGGGCCGGCGAGCAGAACCCGAACGGAACGAGACUCAAACGGGCUGCUCCUGUUCCCAAAUAUCUGAAAAUGCACUGCGUGAAAGAAGAGUCUGCCGAUGGGAAAGCCUCCCCGGACUCGCUUUCCCUGCAGCAGGCCCUCCACGAGUCGGUGUUCUCCCCCGGCAUCUCCGCCGCUCCCCCCCACCGGGUGGCGCUGUGCUGGGACAAGCACUGUCAACUGCUGCCCGAGGUUCUGGGCCUGAGCGCCAAGAGGGUGGCGGGAUGGAGCACCGACGAGGUGGCCACUUUUGUCAAAGGACUGCCAGGAUGUAAAGAACACGCGGCCACAUUUAAAACAGAGCAAAUAGACGGCGAAGCCUUCCUGCUGCUCACCCAAUCGGACAUCGUCAAGAUCCUGUCCAUCAAGUUAGGCCCCGCCCUUAAGAUCUACAACUCCAUCCUCAUGUUUAAAAGUGCCGACGAAGAAUAAGCGGGAAGACCAGCGACGGAAAAGUCGUCCGCUUGAAUAAGUUGCUCUCGUCUUCUCGAUGGACUUCUUUUUACUUGUAUUAUGUUUACUGAAACGUUAAAUAACUGCAGACACCUUCAAAAAUUUUCCUUAAAUCGUUUGUGGAUUGGUCACCCC